AUGUAUGAGGGAUGCCUCGACACGCGUCUUGAUUACUCUCGAAUAUUGAUCAGAGGACCAUCUUUAGAGCGGAUCGGUCUCGGGAACGUGUCGUCUGGGUAUCCUGCUUUCUACUUGCUUGUGACCGUGGCCCCGCCUUUCGUGGCGUUGAAUGUGAGCACCGCGAUGGCGGAAUCUACGCCUGGAUUUGUCCCGGGGCAGGCUUCCACAGCUUUGCCUUUCAUAGAUCCCGCCCGCACUGUCAAGCCUGUAUCCGUGUCUGCGACCGAUCCAGCGGUGAUACCUUACCAUGGCCCCGGAGCGGACUUUGUACGGGCACUGUGGACUGCGGAUUGGCGCCGCGAAGGUAUACAUACCGCUGCGCGCGAGACUGGUGGCUCGGAGGCCUCAGGAGACCAGAAGUCCCGUCCGGGAAUCCCAUUUAAUUUUGUCUGCGCUGUGGGAGCACGGAGCCUGCGACAGAGGGUCCCUACUGGCGAGACUCCCCGAGGCUUCCCUGUUCAGGCGGGACACCACGUACCCUGGUCAACAAAAGCCUUCCUGCGUACGCACAUACUUAACCAUCUACCACGGCUCUUCGCGAAGCUCAUCCUAUUUUCUUCCACUGAGGCGAUGGUCGUCUCAGUAUUGCGCCGGUUGCUUGCUUCCCCACCGCGAUAUCUCGUCCUCCAAGAAGAACAUUUUUUUAUCCUCACUGGCAACGCUGUGGACGUGUGCUACUUUGCUCCAGCCGAGACGCCGCGGUCUACCGAGCAAGGAAUCGGCGAGAGGGCUGUGGCUGGUGCUGAGAUCCGCCGGAUGGAUCCGAUAGUGAGCCUGUUCGUAGUCAGGCAGUCCUCCGGUGCAUUUGAACAUAUUGGCCCAAGGCAGGUUCCUAACCUGGACACCAACAGGGAAGCUUCCUUGCAGCAGCUCGCACUCUUAUCUCAGACGCAAGAACAGACUCCCCGGUCCUUGUUUGGAGUCUGCGCUUGCAUCUGGGAUGUGAUGUCUGGGAUGUGGACUGUAUGGAAUGGUGCAGUGAAUGUACGCGUACCUUUUACACUUGUGCGGUUACUCGGUCGGGACUUCACGAUGCGCCGUAUGUUUCCUGGCGACAGGACGGCCCACUGUGGCCCUUUUCAAUCCCAGCGGGAAACCAGGGCUGCUCGAGCUUGGAUUGUACACCUUUCACGCAGCCGCUCCUAUAGCUCUCCCGUCUACAGCCCUGGCAGCCAUGCAGUGGGGGCAGAGUUCACUGGUGGUCACCUUAAGGACAUGGUCAUGAGGGCCGCGAUGCUCACCCCCAGUCAUUCCAUUCAUUACAACUACGACGGCCGCCAAGGCUCCACAACGUUCGCCCCACCCAAUCACUGCCGGUCUUCGACGGGAUCUUCGCGGGUCCCCACUAGUACUCUUCCGCGGACAGCUGAUGUUAGGAUGGACUCGAGGGACUGUCUUCUCUGCGCUGUGUUGAUGCUUGCAUAUCCCUACCCACAUCCCGAGAUUCUGCACCUAGAGUCACAAGUGGACAGAACCGACCCAUCUCCGGAAGAGUUCCUGUGCCGGUGGUGCGAGCCUGUCUUCUGUUAG